AUGGCUCAAGAAGGUGCUGGAGCAAGACCCGCGAUACUCGGCUCCCUUGCGAUCGAGGCAUUUGAUCCGAGCGUGGCUACGUGGCGACGUUGGCUACUGCGGUUGCAAGGCGCUUUUAUGGUUUUCGGAAUCAAAGACAAUGCCCGAGUGCCCUAUCUGCUACACUACGUGGGGGCCACGGCUUUUGACAUCUUGUGCGAUCGGUUGGACCCUGAUGAUCCAUUCGCAAAAUUAUAUGAUGAGUUGGUCCAGAAAUUAGAAGAAUUCUACGAACCGGCGCCAUUGGAGAUCGCUGAAAAUUACAAAUUUCACCAGCGAAGACAACUCGAGGGAGAAACGGUACAGCAGUAUGUGGCGGCCUUGCACAAGUUGAGCGUCCAUUGCAAAUUCGGAGACUACUUAAAGACGGCGCUGAGAAAUCAGCUCGUUUUUGGUCUGUUGAAUAAAAGGGCUCAGGCGCGUUUACUGNAAAAGAAAAACUUGACCUUCGACGAAGCCGUAAACGUGGCUGUUACCAUGGAGUUAUCAGAAAAAGGUUCAGAGCAAAUGAAGUUGAAUGGCGCUGACGCAACUUCCGCAGGUAUAGAGUACCUGAAAGCUGGUAAGAAACCACCCGCUAAAGGUGCUACGGGUAAACACGUCAAACAACAGUCUAGCAAAUCUAGUAGUAAGGCGACAAACGCGCGUUCUAAAUCAGAUGUAAAAACUGUAAAAUGUUUUAGGUGCGGUAAACAACACCUAGCUUCCAAAUGUACGCUCAGUCGUGAUGUGCGUUGUCAUGGCUGCGGGAAGUUAGGACAUUUGCGUGCGGUAUGCUUCGGAAACAGCUCCUCUACAAACCAGUUGCAAGAACUUCUACAAUUAGAACACAUACACGCUCGUGAUAAAUUCAUGAUUACUCUCGAGGUAAAUGGAAAGUAUGUGGAAUUUGAAGUGGACAGUGGAGCAGCUGUUACGGUAAUGAGUAAGUGCAGGGCCGCUACUCUCUUUCCCGGUGUGCCCGUUUACCAUACAGAUCUAAAGUUAAUCUCAUAUUGCAAUCGCACCUUGCGGAGCGUAGGAUAUGUUUCGGUGAAUGUAAAAUUCAAAUCUGUAAGCAAGAAAUUAAACGUGUAUUUAGUAACUGGCAGUAAGAAACCACUACUCGGCAGAGAGUGGAUACGACAAUUGUCAAUUGAAUCUGAUUUCUGGCAUUGCAAGGCUUCAAUAAAUCGAGUAGAAAGCCAAAAAAAUAAGUUACAAUCUGUAUUGCAAAGAUUUCAAACAGUAUGCUCUACUGAACCACCGGCUAUCAAAGGCGUUCAAGCGAAUUUAACAUUAAAGCCAAAUGCCACGCCGGUAUUCGUAAGAGCUCGACCUGUACCAUUCAAAUUGUUGCCGCUAGUAGAGCAAGAGUUAGACAGAUUAGAGUCCGCUGGUAUUCUUGAAAAAGUGGCUACGUCCAAAUGGGCGACCCCUAUAGUCCCAAUUCUGAAACGCGAUGGGAGCGUCCGCAUCUGUGGCGAUUACAAAGUCACG